CAUGGAGCGGCGCUCCCGCAGCCAAUGGGAGUGCAGGAAGGCGGCGCGGGUCGGGGCCCCGGUGCGGGAGCGCGGUGCGGGGCCGAGCCGUGGCGGCGGCGGCAGGAUGAGCCGGUUCCUGAACGUGUUGCGCAGCUGGCUGGUCAUGGUGUCCGUCAUCGCCGCCGGGAACACGCUGCAGAGCUUCCGCGACCACAGCUUCCUCUCGGAGAAGCUCUACACCGGCAGCCCCGGUCUCGUGAACGGGCUGCAGGCGCGGACGUUCGGCAUCUGGACGCUGCUGUCCUCGGUGAUCCGCUGCCUGUGCGCCAUCGACAUCCGCAACCAAACCCUCUACUACAUCACGCUCUUCACCUUCUUUAUGGCCCUUGUUCACUUCCUCUCUGAAGUCUUCAUUUACCACACCGCAGCCUUGACAAUUGGAGUUAUGGCACCCCUCAUGGUAGCAAGUUUCUCUAUCCUGGGGAUGCUGAUUGGACUACAGUACCUAGAGGUAGAAGCACUGUCAGAAAAUAAGAAGAAAAACUGAGGCUGAGUGCACUGUAAAGGCAAUUGCAGCUGACUGGUGCCAAAGACAAGCUCCCACAGGAGUCUGUCCAAGCUUGCUGGGAGCGCUUGGUGACUGCCUCCCUGCAGGAGGGCAGGGAGCGCCUCAGGCAUGCCCAUGAAAUCCCUAAGGUCUGCCCCUGGUGCCCCCAUGGGGAGGAGGUGCAGAGCCCAGGAUCCACUGAACACUGGACAGGAAAGAGAAUAUGUGCUGCCCCGAUCCAGCUGUGUAACUUGCAUGUGUGUGUUCUGCAGGGGGCAUUUCUAAUAAAUAACAGAAAACUGAC